UCUAUUUGUCCCGUAUCAAAAAGCGGGAAAGUGCAAAAAGAAAUCCGCGGCCAACUUCAUACCGCAACAUCAUUAAUUGCAUUCCUGGACAUAAAUCAAAAAAUAAUCACUUCAAAUCAAUGUAUUUUUGUCACUUUUAAUAAUUGAUGAUCCCUGAAAAAUGAGUGAAGUUCCCUAAUCAACCCGUUUAAAUGGCUGUUGGCUUCACCUUGCUAUGGAUCCGUCUGCAGCCCACUCUGCUGCCCCCGCCGCCGCCGGAACACUAUCCAGCCCCGAGAUGCUCAGCCCUGGGGGCAAGAGUCGCUACGGUAGGACCCGUCGUCCCAAGGUGUCUCGCGAUUUUUACAAUAUCGACGAUGUUGUUAUUGACGAAAAUCCGCCGCCGCGUCCCUCUCCACUCAAGUCCCCCAGGUUCAAGCCGCCCCCGAAGUCGCCCAUAAUCCCGCGGGAAGUGGUGUUUGACGUCAAGGACGAGCUCAACAAGCUCGACGAUCUGGGGAUGAAAGUGGCCAACAACUUCAAAUCUAACCUACAAAGGGGCCUAGACGACACCAUCAAGGAGCGGAAGUUCUUCAAGAGCAUGUCUGAGAAGGUGGACGUGCCGAACACGGUGGAUGUUACUAAAGUGUUUAAGCUGAUUUCGAGCAAACCCGUCGUCGUUGCGGACGUGUGUGAGGCGAAAAGCACUCCGAAGACCGUGUUGAAGACGUAUUCGAACAGGCGGAAGCACGUGCAUGAUAGUGAGAGUUUUAUCGUGGAGAGUUUCGGGUUGCCGGAUGAGCCGAUUAUACCGGUGAGGGGGCCCGUGAAGGUGGAGAGGGACACGAAAAUCGACAUGGACAUGACGUGCGAGAUUGAUGUGAAUUUGGUGAAUCCGUGGGAUUUCGGGGAGUUUGAUCCUGUGCCAUUGUAUGCGAGUGAGCCGAUUACGACGUUGGAUGAGAUUCAUUUUAAUAGAGGGGGGAUGUUGGAUCUGUGUUCGUACGACACAAAUUUUGAAAAGUCGCGGAUUCCGACGCCGGUUAACGAAGAUGGAUGUGAGAAAGGCGCAAAAGUGGUGAGCGUGAAGGAGGCAAAGGUCGACAGCGAGAAGUGUGAGGAGAGUCAGAGCACAAACUGCAGCAAAAGGGGGUUGAUUAGUCCUGAUUUAGGGAAAAGGGUUAAAAACAAAAACGCGGAUAAAAAGAGUGAUUCAGUUAAGUCAGAAAAAGUCGACAAAGAUGCUAAAAAAGAAGAGAAAGAUGCUAAAAAAGAUGAGAAAGAUAUGACCAAAGUAUUAGAUAAGAAAAUAUCUCUGGUUAAGAAGCCUAAAAUUGAGGGCUGCCCGAGUAGAAUUUUAAGGUCCAGUAUUGACAAUAAUAAUGUUGCAGCAAAAAAAGACACCGCACCGUCAUCAGUAGAAAAUACCACUGCCAAAAAUAAAUUACAAUUUUCAACAUUACAAAAAUUAAGAACUAAGAACCAAGUUGUAAAUCCAGUUAAGCUGUCUAAAACUAUUUGUAGUCCACAGAUCCGCGUGAUCCUCAAUCCGUUGUCUUGUAUGCAUAAAUAUAUUCAGAACAAAAAAUUGGUACCUAACCCGUUCAAAAUCAAGCGCGAAAAAUCCAAACUCCGUAAAAUACAAAGGCGCAAAAUGAAGUACAGGUCAUGUAAAGUUGUUCCUAAAAUUGCAAAUAGUGUAAAUAGUGUAAGUGAAGCACUUCCAGGAAUCAGCAAAAAUAACCUGAAAAAACUGACGCCAUUGAAAUUCCAAAAAAGUAACGAAAAAACGGUGGAAAUAAAAGAGGAGAUUGAUUUAAAGUCCAUCAAAACAGAAUUAGUGGAGUUUCAACCGGGCGACUUGGCAUGGGCUAAAAUCGGUGCCCAUCCGUAUUGGCCUUGCAUGGUCACUCAAGAACCAACCUCAGGGGACCACAAAAAGUUUGUUAUAAAUCGACUUCAACCCCUCUACCACGUACGAUUUUUCGGUGAUAAGGGUAGAAGAUCUUGGGUGAGCGCACCAUACGUGAUGCUAUUUUACGGAAGAAAUGACUUGGACACGCUAGCCAAAGUUCUCAAAGCUGAGGACAAAGUUAAAGCUUCAUAUAUUAAAGAAUCGUACGUGAUAAAACCAGCGAAACUGCCAAAAUGGCAAAGCGGCGUUGACGAAGCCGAAUCCUUAAAAUGUAAACCGUUACACGAACGCCUAAAUUAUUUCUUUGAGGUAUUUGCCAGUAAACGCGAGAAACAAGAGAGAAUGAAAGAAUUUGCUAUAAAAGAAGAAAUUUUAGAAGAGUGUGUUAAGUCUGAAAGUGACAUGAGUCCGAGUAAACUACCCAAAAAGAGACCGAGGAUGUCUGAAGGCGACGUCGUCACUAAAAAACUCAAGAAGGAUGUUCAAGAAAUUAAAUCCGAGAGUGAAGUAAAACAAGAAACGCCACACGGAGACGGAAAAGUUAAAGGAGAGAAAGACACACUUGCAGAAACGAAGAAAACAAAAAAAUCACCAGACGGAUCUGAUAAAAAUUUGAAGAACGAAGAACCAACAACUAGUAAAACUAAAGAGUCUCCGCGGAAGAAAGCCAUCAAAAAGUCGGUGUCGAGCGAGGAAUUAUCCGACAUUGGGUCAAGUCCAGAGAGACGCAAAAAAAUCACCAAAAAAACGUCGCUAGAAAAUAUCAAGAUAAUCCUAAGUCCUGAAGAAAAAAAAAUCGAAGAGAAAGUCACUCAAGCAUCGCCGAAGAAAAUCCAGAAAAAGUCUCAAUCCAUCGGGGAAGUUGAGAUUUUCACGAGUCCGGAAGGACGAAAAAGAAUUACCCGAAAAUCACAGGAAGCAUCCGAAAAAACUUUCAAAAGUCCACAAGCGAAAAAAGCCGAAAGAAAAUCAUCCGACGAAAGUGACGAUAAAUCCUCGAAGAAGACUGUUUCGAGAGAAUCCAGUCAAUCUCCCGAGAAACGAAGAAGGGGCAAGAAAACACCCCCCGAAGACCAAUCAAGCGACGAUAAUCUCCCACUAUCCGCACGACUGAGCCAACUCCGAGACACCCGUACUGAAGAAAACCAAAAAUCGCCGCGCAGAAACAUAUCAAAGAAAGAACCAACCCAAUCAGUCGAACGAAAACGAUCUCAACAGAAGGAAGACGUGGACGGUUUACUCAAAACGCGUAAAAAAUUGCGCAGCUACCUUACAAAGCCCGAAAAUACGGAAAAUGCGGUACAGGAAUCGCCUCAAGAAGUACCUCGUAAAGAUCCUCAAGAUGUACCCCGCAAAGACACUCCCAAGGAACCGAAACGAAAUUCACUGGAGGAGGAAGAGCCGAAGUUGUUGAAAAAUAAGCGUCAUUUGGUUCUUGGGGAUGUUUCGAAUUCUGAUACCGAUUCGAAGUUUAGCGACAAUAGUUCUGUACCGGCUUCGUUGGAAUCGCAGGCGGCACUGUUUAGACGUAAUCAUAUUUUUAGGGGGAUACCGAAGGAGAAGGUGUGUCAGGUUUGCGAAGAAGGAGGCGAUGUGUUUAAAUGUAAAGGGCCGUGUAAUGGGGUGUACCAUUAUAAGUGUGCAAUGAACGAGACGAAGGAGGCGAAUGAAGAGGAUAAGAAGAAGGGAGAAGAAGAGGCGGAAAAAGUGGAAGCGGAGGGGAUAAGUGAAAAUAAAGAAAAAAACAACGUCGAAAUCAUCUCCGUCGACUCAAAGAAACCCAUUCCGAGCAUCAGCGACUCCCCCAACUUCAAAGACAUGACUUUAGCCGAAAAAAUCGACUUCCGCAUGAAAGAAAUCAUGAAAAAAUUCGACUACCAGUCAGUUUACGCCGAAUCCACCGACUCCAGCAGCGAAGAAUUCGUGGUCAACGAAUCCUUCGAAAAAUACAAAAACCAAUCAAAACUCUCCCUCACCGUCACCAACAAACCCUCAAAAAAAGAAAUCCCCAUAAUCAAACACGUAACCGCCGACAACAUCAGCUACAUCUGCGUCACAAACGAGAAACCCAAAGAGAAAGACAUCAGCGAAAUAGUGAGAGAGAAUCUCCAAAACUCGAGAUGCUAUUGGUGCACCACCGAAGAGGCCCCUCACUGUUUGGUCUGCCAAAACGAAGAAUCCAAAGCCGGCUCAAAAUUCCGCCAGAAAUGUUCGAUCCACCAAUGCGGAAAGUACUACCAUCCAGAGUGCCUGAAAAUGUGGCCCCAGACCCAAUGGUCCCUCAUCAAAAACACAAAAGACACGAAAUCCGACGCCACUUAUGACACGUUCGUGUGUCCACGCCACGUGUGCCACACGUGCAUUUCCGACGAUCCCCGAGCGUCAAACUCGCGCUGUCCGAGCGACAAAGUCGUCAAGUGUGUCAGGUGUCCGGCCACCUACCACUCGAGCAACUACUGCGUGCCUGCAGGUAGUCAUAUUUUGAGCACUUCUCAGAUCGUCUGUCCGAGGCACUUCAGCAAGUCGAGCCACAAAAAACGGAUGCAACAGACCAUCAAUACCAAUUGGUGUUUCAUUUGUUCGAAAGGUGGCGACUUGAUUUGUUGCGAGACGUGUCCGACUAGCGUCCACGUUGAGUGUCUUCCGGGGGAUUUGAACGAAGAUGACACUUUCUUUUGUGAGGAUUGUCAGUCGGGGCGGUUGCCUUUGUACGAUGAGAUCGUUUGGGUAAAGUUGGGGACUUUCAGGUGGUGGCCUGCUUUGAUUCUCUUUCCUAAUGAGGUUCCGGAUAACGUUAAGAAUAUUACGCACAAUAGGGGCGAGUUUGUGGUGAAGUUUUACGGUACGUAUGACCACUAUUGGGUGGGGAGGGGUAGAACGUUUCUGUUUCAAGAGGGGGAUAAGGGGCACUCGAACUCGAUCAGGAAGAGGGUGGAUAGUGCGUUUGUUAAGGCGAUAGAGGAGGCGGCGGCGGCGCAUCAGUUGAAAAAGCAGUUUAAACUAAGUAAAGUGGCUGAGAAGAGUAGUGGUUUGAAACCACCCCCAUACAUCAGGAUUAAGGUUAAUAAACCCGUGGGCAAUGUUAGGUUAUUUGAUGGUAAUACGAGCAACACGACAUCUUGCGAGUGCGACCCGAAUCAGCCGCACCCGUGUGGGCCAGACAGCGAUUGUCUAAAUAGGUUACUCCUGACCGAAUGCAACCCCGAGGUCUGCCCGGCCGGCGAGCGCUGCAAUAACCAAUGUUUCGAAAAGCGCGAGUACCCCCCUCUGGUGCCCCAUCGCACCCAAGUCCGCGGUUGGGGCCUCAAAACCCUAGCUCCGGUCCGCAAGGGCCAAUUCGUGAUCGAAUACGUUGGCGAAAUCAUCGACGAACAAGAAUACCAGAGACGCAUCCAAAAAAUGCACGAACAGAAAGAAGAGAACUACUACUUCUUAACCAUCGACAAGGAUAGAACUCUGGAUGCCGGCCCUAAGGGAAACGUCGCAAGGUUCAUGAACCAUUCCUGCCAACCCAACUGCGAAACCCAGAAGUGGACGGUGAAUGGUGACACGAGAGUCGGUCUUUUCGCAAAGUGUGAUAUACCUGCAGAUACUGAACUUACAUUUAAUUAUAACUUGGAGUGUAUAGGGAAAGAGAAGAAGAUCUGUAAGUGCGGAGCGCCGAAUUGUAGCGGCUUCAUAGGCGUCAAGGUUAAGUUGGAUGGACGGAAGAAAUCGACCAAGCCGAAAAAGAAGGUCGCGCCACCACCGGAGGUCGUCGAUAAUGAGAAUCCGUGCUUCGUCUGCGGAAAAGUGGGAGAUGUUGGUGCUUGUAAUAAUAAGAUUUGUACAAAGUAUUAUCAUUUAGGGUGUGUAGGACUGACGACGUGGCCUGAAGGCGGAAAGUGGGUCUGUCAAUGGCACAAUUGUAACUUCUGCUCGAAACGCACCAUCAGAUGUUGCGUUAAGUGCGUAAACUCGUUUUGCCCUCCGCAUUCCCAAGGCACCAUCAGAUACGACAAACAAUUGGGCUUCGUUUGCUUCGAACACGACCCGAAGAAAGAAACUACCACGACGCAGACCUGCGAAGUUCCUAAAAGCAACGAUGGCACAGGCGCAGAAACCGUCAAAACGAUUACUCCCGAAGAAGACGCGAAGCUACCCGACGUGGACGAUGUCCUAGACUCGAUGAGUUUAAGUUUGAGGUUGAACGGUUGCAUGACGUCGACGCCGCUAAAGAAAGCCAAGGAGGAGAGUUCGCAGGACGAGAGUACGGAGUCGAGUACGAUAGAAGCGAAAAAUAAUAAGAGUAAAAGGAAAAAGAGGAAGUCGAAGAGGAGGAGCACGGCGAAGGUUGAAGUUAAAAGUCACGUGAAAAAUACUGCCACUUUAUUUAAUCCGAAGCAGAACGAGAACGAAGUCAAAGUAGGUGAAGUUGCGGUAGUGAAAAUCUUGAGGAACGGGGGGAGUGGCUUGAAUAGGACGGAUCCGGAUAAAAAUCUCCCUAUACGGAAACGUAGUAGACUUAGAUAUGGAAAUACCUUGUAAAUUUUUGUAGAAUAGAUUUAAAUGUUUUUAUAUCGCAGUACUGUAAGUUGGUUUUAAUUAAUUCUGAAUUAUAUGUUAUGCUUUAAAAAAAAUAUUAUAGAGUGAGAGUAUGGCGUAGAAUUUAUUUAUUCCUGAGUCGAGAGCUGUUUCACUAAAACAAUUUUCAAUAAAGCGGUUUUUUAUUUUA